CAAUUGCUAGUCUAUUGGAGCUACACACAGACUGCAAACGCUUCAGUGACGCCCUAGGGCAGGUAAUCAAAUCUUCUUCGGGCCAUUAUUAAAAAUUGUUUCUCUAUAAUAUGUAUUCGUUCUCAUCAGUAUUUAUACGAGAAACGAGAUUUAGCCAACUUCUGAUGAAAGCAAGGAUUUUGUUUUUUUGGUGUUUGCCUGUUAAAUACUUUGUACGAUAACAGGGGCGAUGAUAAUAACGAUAUUCAUAUAAGUCAACCUUAGCUGAACUUCAUUUCAUUCUCAUUUCUAGAGGUGCACUCACAGCCUUAGGAGUGAGACCUGGUCCCUAUUCUCUUGCUUCAGGCAAUAGCAACACCUAAGCUAAGUGGCAUGAGCACUUUUUACUGCUACCUUGUGAUGACAUCGUUGUAGUAUUUCCGAGCUUAGCAAGGCGCAUUCCGUUGAUGCGUCCAUGCCCAAGUGGGAGGUACUAUGAAAACAGUUCCUUAUUUCUGAUAAAUUUAACUGUGUAAAGUUGGUUUAGUUUCAAAUUUCAAAUGUGACCAUGACUGCUGUGAUAAUGACCAUAAAUGAUGUGGUACUGACCAUAAUUACUGUGAUAAUGAUCAUAACUAUUGUGAUACUGACCCUAACUACUGUUCUUCUGACCAUAACUUCUGUGAUACUGACCAUAACUGCUGCAAUCCUGACCAUAACUGCUGUGUUACUGACCAUGAUUACUGUGAUAAUGAUUAUAAUUACUGUUAUAAUGAGCAUAACUAUUGUGAUACUGACCCUAACUACUGUUAUUCUAAUCAUAACUGCUGUGAUACUGACCAUAAAUGCUUUAAUUCUGACCAUAAAAUGCUGUGAUACUGACCAUAACUGCUGUGAUACGUCUGAUUAUAUUAUCAUCGAUAGAUCAAAAGAAGGACUUUGGUAACAGACGCUAUGUACAUUUCUAAACGGAGCUGGCAUUGGUGAUGAUAGUGGGUUAGAUACUCUUGUUUACAUCUAAUUACGUUUUCUUCUUCAGGCAUUUAGUCUGUCAAAAUCUCCUUGCAGGCAUUUAGUCUGUCAAAAUCUCCUUGCAGGCAUUUAGUCUGUUAAAAUCUCCUUACAAGGCAUUUAGUCUGUCAAAAUCUCCUUGCAGGCAUUUAGUCUGUUAAAAUCUCCUUACAAGGCAUUUAGUCUGUCAAAAUCUCCUUGCAGGCAUUUAGUAUGUCAAAAUCUUCUUGCAGACAUUUAGUCUGUCAAUAUCUCCUUGCAGAUAUUGUGUCUGUCAAAAUUUCUUUUAGGCGUAUAGUCUGUAAAAUUUCCUUGCAAGCAUUUAGUCAGUCAAAAUUUCCUCCAGGGAAAAAUAAAUUAUCAAUACAUAUUUUUACAGCUCAAGUCAAUGAUGGGUUAUAGUUACAUUUACCUGACUGCAAUUCUUGUAAGUCUUCUUCUCGGAAAUGAAGGUAAUUGAUAUGCAUGAAAAUUAUUUUUCUAUGUUCAAAGGUUAUCAUUGCAAGGUCAUCAACUUAUCUAUUUGAAGUGGAUCAUUUUCUUCAUUUAUUAAUGUGCAUUAUGUACAACAUGACAUAUGAAAUAACGAAAUGGCAUAAUUGUUUUUCGUGUAAGAUAUGGCUACAUUCUUGUACGAAGAUUACUAUCAGGUAAAUAUAUAAUGAUGUAGCAUUUCGGUUUGAUUUUUGAAGGUUCUCCUGUCGUGUUCACGGCCCAGCCAACUUUUGUGAUGUACGGAUUCCCUCAAAUACUGAGCCUGGGAUGUUCUUUGGAUGUAAAUUAUGUUGUCAGGCUAUGUUCUUCAGAUAAGAUAGAUUAUUUUAUUGAUACAAAUAUAUUAUGGAAUUUUUACUUUUACAUUAUUAUAAAAAUUAUAGCAUUUUAAUCAGAAGACACUUUAUGUAUAUCUAUCUAUAAACAUAAAGUUAGCAAUCUAUGAACUCAUCAAGUGACAAUAUUGACUUUAUUAACGAUCAUUUAGAUUUGGUAAUCGCUUGUUAAAUACAAGUAUAAAAGUUGCUUUUAGUCAGUCUGUUUAUUUCAAAAGUUAUUUAAAAUUUAUUGAAGGGGAAAAUUGUGUUUGUAAAGUCUAUAGAAAUUUAUUUAUCAGUAAAUGUUAGACAAAGACUUAUAAAUUUACACGUUUUUUUUGUUUUUUUUACUUCCAUACACGUUAUCGUCAGUGAUAAUAUAAAUCCUAUAGUCCCAGAGGAGGUCAAGAAAAAUAAACAUUGUUUUUCAAAAUGACCUAAAGUUAAAGAGAGUUUCAACCUUUUUUCUGUUACGAUUUCAUUACAAAAAGAGUAAACAAUUAUUUUCAAUAAAACACAAGACCCAUUGUUAAGGGGUUAUAAUUAAUCAAAGACGUUAAUUUAGUUAAAUGAUAAAUAUCUUUAACAGUUUCAGUUUGGGUGAGGAGGUUGGGGGGUGGGGUGGAUCCAUUAAUUGAGUAAACAAAAUAGGGGGGGGGGUAGAGGGAUGGAAAUGUUUUACAAUUGGGACCGGAAAAUGGGGGGGGGGGGUAGAUUAGUUGACGUCAACAGUCAUGUUUUCUCUAUUAACAUUUUAAUCUUCAAACUUGACUGAUUAUUUCAUCGUUUUAACAAAUUUAACGAGUGUAAUUUUUUUUGUGGCUUUUAACAAUAUAAUAUUUAUUUAAUGUGUGUCUGUCUGUGCACUGCUGAUGGUUGGUCAGAACGUUAGCACACUUUGUUAGUGCAAGAGAAGUCAAAAGUUGAUCUCUCUCCACCUGUAGAUUCUGUUUGUCACGAAUGACCAUGGUGGCAUGUUUGCGAUCAUGUUGCAUGUAUAAAACAAGGACAAGGUUCAAGUGUCAUGUGCAGUCAAGAUAAACGAUAUUGAUUUAGUAGGAAUACGAUAAUUUUUUAAUUAGGGGAAAGUAAAGUGAGUAACACUAUUAAAAAUGCUGCGUACAAGCAUUUGCAAAAUCUGUAACAUAUAUUUUGCAUCACAAGUCAUGUGGAAAUACCAAGUUCAACAUCACCGACAAUGCACUCUGAAGCAUAAGAAAUUACCACCUGCUCUUCAACAAAAAAAAAAAAAAAAAAAAAAAAAAAAAAAACAAAAAAAAAAAAAAACACCCUACUCUCAAAAAAAAAAAAAAAAAAAAAAAAAAAAAAAGAUUCAACCAAUGCUAGUAGCUUCCAGGAGACAGAGAGAACUUAUGGGAAUUAUAGCUCACACUGACAAUGCUUCUAUUUUAAUUUCUGAAUGGUUAGAUGAAGAUAAUUAUGACUUAUCUGUCAUAUCAGUUCCUCAAGAUGCAAAUGAUAAAUCAGCUACUAUGUCCAUUGUUACGAUAGAGCAACACCUAUGGCUACUCCCUGGGAAGGUUAUAGCAGUUAGAAACUAUGCUACAAUGCUAUUCUAAAAUCAAGUUUGAAAGAAUAUUGCAAUGGCUACAUACGAUUAAUAAAUGAUCGAUUUCGGUGUUUCAAAUCAAGUUUGAAGGAACAUUGCAAUAGCUACGUAUGAUCCAUAAGGGUUUAAUGCUAAUGAUCCAUAAGGGUUAAAUGCUUACAUAAAUGAUAAACAAUUUCUACAACUGAAAUUGCGUAUAAAAUUUAUUUUUUCAAUGUAUUUAUUUCCAGUACAGUCAAAUGGACGAAGAUGAGGAAAUUCAAUCUAUUUUUAUCACAAGAGGCAAGAUCAUUUUAUGUUAUGAUUGCAUUCAAUUUUUAAAAUGUCCCCUUUCUUUUCAAAAAGUUGAACUAUUUAUUAAACCUUAUUUCAUUUUAACUCUUCUUAUUGAUAAAGUCCGCUGUUGUGAGUGCAUAUCUGAAUGCAAGGUUUUUACUUAAAUAAAAUUGUUAAAUGUAGUUGGAUAUAAUAUAUGUCAUUUUAUUAAUUUUUAUAUGUGUUGAUGCACUUUUAGCAAAUAAUUAAUUAUUUCAUUAUUCCCACCAGUGAAUUGUUUCAUGAGUUUUUUAAAUUGCUAUUUUUGUGUGGUUAUCUUGUUGUUGUCUUCAUUUUUUUUUAAAAGGACCAACAAAACAGAAACAAACUGAAACAGUUGCGUUCAUAACACUGUUUGAACCCGCCACGGCAAAAGCGGAUCUUGGUGCUAUGAACGUUACGGGUCAUUUAAAUUAUUAUGACACUGAAGGUGAAGGCUAUCUGGAUGUCGAAUGGCAAGAACCUGGAGAAAAACAAGCAUCCGUUUAUGAAUGUAAAAUAAAAACAACAAGGGGUAUGAAGAAGGCAACUGAAAGCAUUAACUACAUUGUUCCAGAUAAUAAACAACUUUUAGAUAAAUUAUCUGCAUUGGAAAAGUCAACUUUAAACAAAUUUGAAACGAUUGAAAAAAGUACUUUACAAAAAAUUGAUGAAGUUAAGAUAAGUGUCAAUAAGGAACUUGUAGAUAAAAUUUCUACUUCUGAAAAAGCUACGUUUCAGAAAAUUGAUGUCGUUGAGAAAAAUGUCAAAAAGGAGCUAGGCGAUAAAAUUUAUAAUUCUGAAAUGGCAACUUUUCAAAGAAUUGAAACAGCUGAAAUGAAUGUCAAAAAAGCACUAAUCGAUAAAAUGUCUGUUUCUGAAAAGGCUACUUUACAAAAAGUUGAUACCGUUGAGAAAAUUGUCAAUCUUCGUAUACCAGCAAUUGAGAAUAACCUGGCAGCCGUACAGGCACGACACAUGGAAACAGGGGAUGCAGUCGGCUUCAAGAAUGAAUUUGACCAAAUAAGCGGGCAUGUAAGAAGGCUAACAAAAAUAGUCCCAUUUAGAGUCUCUUACAAGACAGCCCCCACUGUCUAUGCCGCCAUUUCAAAACUUGACGUUGGAAAUGGCAGCAAUCUUAGGAUUCGGUUCUACAUUGUUAACAUCACUACGAGUUCUUUCACCCUUGAGAUUGAUACUUGGGCUGAUACAGUUAUGCAUGAAGUUCAAAUCAAUUGGUUGAGUUACGACUCUAAGUAAUUGAUUCCUGCAAGGCCGAAACAUGAACUGUUUGCCUUGGGUUCAUCCCAUUUUUACUUAAACAAUUGAACUUUCCUUACUGUAAAACGCAAAUUUAGACGUUAAACUAAUAAAAGUUGUCAAUAGACUUUUUCGUUUUAAUUCUGAAGAAAAUAGUUUGAUUUGGGCAAUAAAUAUUGAAUUUAGAAAUGUAGAAAUAAAAAAAAAUAAAAUAAAC